AUGUCUGUUACCGGCGUCGAGGUGGCAGUCAUGCCUCCUCAGGAGCCGCUUGAGGAUAUGUCCAAUUUGGCUGCAGCGUUGCCUGGAGGCGAAGAAUCUGCCGCGUUGGCGCGUGAAAAGGGCUGGGUUGCUCCUCAGCGCUACAACUACGACGCCUACAAUACUCUCGACAAAGACGAAGUCGUCAAUGCCUUGCCUUGGGCUUCUAACUCUGCCAAGUAUGAGUGGAAGGAGGAAUAUGGUGACAUUGGGCCUCCAAACGAGGAGCUUGAGAAGAUGCUCUUCCAGGAUGAGUAUAUUCCUCGCGUUGGUAAACUUCUUGAGAACCUUCGUCAAAUUGAGGUCACCGCCGAGACGACAGAACGUCCUGAUCCUAUCAAGAGUUUCGAUGAGGCAGGAUUGCAUCCCAUCACGUUGAAUAACAUCAAGCUUUGCGGAUAUGUCUUUCCGACUCCUGUCCAGGCUUACUGUAUCCCUGCCGUUAUGACUGGCCAUGAUUUGAUUGCAGUCGCCCAAACUGGAUCCGGAAAAACUGCUGCCUUCUUGAUCCCCGUGUUGUCUAGAUUGAUGGGCAAAGCGAAGAAACUCGCUGCUCCCCGUCCUGACUUGAGCAAUGGCUUCAACGAGAGUUUGGACUCGGUCCGUGCCGAACCUCUCGUCCUCAUUGUCGUUCCAACGCGUGAGUUAGCUACUCAGAUCUUUGAUGAGGCGCGUCGUCUCUGCUACCGCUCUAUGCUUCGUCCCUGUGUUAUCUACGGCGGUGGACCAACUCGUGACCAGCGCACUGAGCUCAUGAAGGGAUGUGACAUUUUGAUCGCUACUCCCGGUCGGCUCAUUGACUUCAUGGACAGACCUAACAUCCUGACUCUCUGCCGUGUGCGCUACACCAUCAUUGAUGAAGCUGAUGAGCUUUUGCAAGCCGAUUGGGAGGCUGAGUUUACCAAGAUUUUGGCCGGAGGAGACGUUAAUGAGGAUGCCGACCACCGCUACAUGAUGUUUUCCGCUACCUUCAACAGAGGCUGUCGUCAAGUUGCUCGCAAGUUCCUUGCUAAUGACUACGUUCGAAUCCGCAUUGGUCGUGUCGGUAGUUCCCAUUUGAACGUCACUCAGCAGGUUGUCUGGGCUGAGGAUAGCAUGAAGAAAAAAUGUCUCUACGACCUUCUGAUGGCUAUGCCACCAUCCCGUACCAUCGUUUUCGUCAACACCAAGCCCCAAGCUGAUCUCCUUGAUGAUUUUCUGUUCAACAUGGGAUUGCCGAGUACUUCUAUCCAUUCGGACCGCACUCAGCGCGAACGUGAAGAUGCGAUCCGUGCGUUCAAGACCGCAAAGUCUCCUAUCUUGAUUGCCACCGCUGUUUCCGCUCGUGGUCUCGACAUCAAGAACGUUAUGCACGUUGUUAACUAUGACUUGCCCUCCAUCUCCCACGGUGGCAUCGACGAGUACAUUCAUCGCAUUGGUCGUACUGCACGAAUCGGUAACCAAGGUCUCGCUACCUCGUUCUAUAACGAAAGAAACUCCGACAUGGGUCCCGACCUCGUCAAGAUUCUCAUGGAAUGCAACCAGGCCAUCCCUGACUUCUUGCAAAGUGAAGCUCCUCCAGAUGGUGUCCUUAAAUUCGACGAUGAUACCGAUGACGAGGCUGGUGACGGUGAUAACACUGGCGGCGCAGGUGAUGCCUGGGGAGCUGCUGCUGCCCCUGCAGCCGCGGUCGAUUUCACGGCGAAUGCCGGCGACAAUGCUACCGCUACGGAUGCUCAAGGUGCCUGGCCAGUCGAUGCCAAUGGGGACUGGUAG